AUGGUCUCUAAACAAUUUAAUUGUUUACAUGAAACGUAUCCCACCUAUUCAGAAAAUAUUCAAACAGUACGUGCAGCUAUAACUGAAAAAAUAAUUCAUUCAUCCUAUGAAAUUCCAAAUCCAUUUGAAAAACGUCAAUUUGCAUUCAAUGUUUUAUCAGAAGAAAAAAAUCCGAUGAGUCGUGCUCAUAAAUGUACCCAUAUCAUGCCAACAUUAGCUGCACGUAUGCAACAAUUAUUAACAACACAAUUAUGGGAAUCCAUCAUGUUAGGUAUAUCGUUGUGGACAUUUAUUCCAUUGUUAGUAGUUAAUAUAAUGCCCAAUCCUUUUCCAUCAUUGAAAACAUUUUUUGAAUUAAGUAUGGAAGUACCGCGAGCAUCAUUAUUCAUUGAAAUAUGCUGUAAAUUCAUAGCUGGAAGUCGUUGGUUCUUCUAUGAUAUAUGGAAUUUAUUUGAUUUAAUGUGUGUUAUACUAAAUUCACCGUUUUUAUUUACAUUUUUGUUACCAAAACAAUUUAGUUAUCCACAAAUGAAUAGUAUAUUACGAUUGUUUCGUAUAUUACACGCUGUACGUUUAAUUCGAGUACAUCGUCUAUUACGUUUUGUAUUUGAAACAACGAUGGUAGCUAUUGGUAGUAUAACAAAUACACUAUUAUUAGAAACUGUUACUGUUACCGUAUUUGGUCUAUUAAGUGUGGCAUUUCGAAAUGAUACACCAUUUUGGGAUAAAGCUAAACAAUCAGAAGCAUUUGCCAAUUAUACACAAGCUGUAUACUCAUAUUAUAUGUGCAUAACAAUGGAAGGUGUAAAUGAAGUAGCCAGUGAAAUUUUGUUAUUUGAUACACCAAGUAACACAACAAUAAUUGGUUUACUAUUUUAUUGUUUUGCUGCAUUGUGUACAUACGCUAUCGCUGUUAUUGCUACAACACUUGAUAAAGCUAUGGAACAAUGGGUAAAAAAUACAAAACAAAAACAAAAAACAAAUAAUUUAAUUGAGUUACAAAGUACAAAUUACCAACAUCGUUCAAUAGUGGCAGCAAGAUGUAAUCCUUUUGAUGAAUCUCUUAAUUUUUCAAAACUGAAACCCGAUGAUUUAUCAUUAUUAUGCAUUUUAUUUCAAUCGAUUAACUCAAAUUUAAAUGAAUAUGACAACAUUUUAGAAGAUAUUAAACGUAUUGGAGAAUAUAUAGCAAAAUAUAAUAAAAAAAAAUUAAUUAUUGAUCCAUUACAAGAUAAUCAAAUACUGUUACAACGACGACGACUAGAAACAAUUAUUAGUACAUUAGCGAAAGUAAUGAGAAACGUGAAAACGGGUGAUCUUCUCUCAGCAUUAGGUGAAUUUUUAUUGAUUGAUACAAGAAAACACGUCCGACGUACAGAUAUAGAAACAAAAUUAAAAGCUGUUGAACAAAAAUUUGCCAAAGUACGAACUCUUUUAUCAAAAUUACCAGUCGGAUUAGAACAACAAGAACGAGAUUUAAUUAUGGCCAAUAGAUUGAAAAGAAAAAUUUAUCGAAAAACAAAAGAUUAA